AUGACUUCAACUGAAGUUGCCGAUUCCGGCCAGAAGAAGCGCAAGCUGCAAGAUGGCCCCGAACUCGAGAUUGAUAUUUCUGCGCCGGAGCCGCAAUCAAAAAAAGCCCUACGAAAGGCGAAAAAGUCAAAGCAGACCGACGGAGACGCCGCCGACACCGACAAGCCUAAACCCGACAAACCCGAGUCCAAGGAUGCUACCGAUUCUCAGGCGAAGCGCUCUGAUUAUGGAGUCUGGGUCGGCAAUUUGUCCUUCAACACCACCAAGGACGACCUACGCGAAUUUUUCAUGAGCAAUUGCUCCUUCUCCGAUGAUACGAUUACGCGAGUGCAUAUGCCCAAGGGUGCCGAGAGGUUCGGACGUCCCCAGAACAAGGGCUUUGCCUACGUCGACUUUUCCACUCAGACGGCCCUGGACGCGGCACUGGGUUUGAGCGAGCAGCUCGUCGCAGGCCGCCGCGUCCUGAUCAAGAAUGCGAAGAGCUUCGAAGGUCGGCCCGAGAAGUCUGAUCAGGGUAACGCUGCAACAUCGGCCAAGCCCGGUCAUCCUCCAUCCCGACGCAUCUUUGUGGGCAACCUGAGCUUCGACGUCACAAAAGAAUCUCUCGAGGAACAUUUUGGAAGAUGCGGAACGGUGGCCAAUGUGCAUAUGGCGACCUUCCAGGAUACAGGGAAAUGCAAGGGGUAUGCUUGGGUGGAGUUUGAAGAAAUUGAGUCCGCAGAAUCAGCGGUGAAGGGCUUCGUUAUGGUGAAGGAGGAUGAGUCGGAAGCGGAAGAAGAAGAGCAGCCCAGCGACAGCUCCGACUCGGAUGGCGAGGAGGAGGAGAAGAAGAAGAAGCCAAAGAAGAAGUCCAAGAAGUCCAAGAAGCCCAGCCAGCAUCGGGUCUGGGUGAACCAACUCAUGGGCCGCCGGAUGAGAAUGGAAUUCGCUGAGGAUGCGUCGACACGGUACAAGAAGCGAUUCGGCAAGGAUGGCGAAGGAAAGAAGAACGGCCAACCUGCAAUCACUGAGGACAAUGGCUCCGAGCCAUCCGAGGAGCGGCCCCGAGUUCGCAAGCAGAGAAGGCCAUCUAUUGACGAGUCGCGGUACACCAAGGAGACCGUGCAACGACUCAGCGGUGCCAUCGUUGAAGGACAGGGCAAAAAGGUCACAUUUGACUGA